AUGUUACCAAAUUUCAGUCCUGUCGUACAGACACUAUUUGGCACUUUGUUCACAUGGGGCUUAACGGCUAUCGGGUCCAGUUUAAUCCUGGUAUUCAGCGGUACACAAAGAAAGCUACUGGAUGGGAGCUUGGGAUUCUCAAGUGGUGUGAUGAUAGCGGCAUCAUAUUGGUCACUGUUGGCACCGGCAAUUGAACUCGCCGGACAGGACAGCACCUAUGGAAAUGACGGACAGUUUUCAUUUAUACCGGCACUAGUUGGUUUUGUAUUUGGUGCAUUUUUUGUGUACUUAUCAGACUUGGUCAUAUCAUUGUAUGAAAUGGACGUACUUAAUAUUUUAAUACCCGAAGCAAAUCAGUGUUCAAAAAAGAAGUUUAAAUGUGAUUCUGAUACAGAGCGUACUUAUUAUAAAGAUAAUCAACAAUCAAUUGGAAUAACAGAUGAAAUUUCAGAUGCUAGACAACGAUGCUAUAAAUCUACCCAUCCACCACCAGAAUACACUGAAAUAGAAUGUGAUAAUGAUGUGAAAGCAUGUAGUUGGAAACGUAUUCUAUUACUCAUAAUCGCUAUAACUGUGCAUAAUAUUCCUGAAGGCCUUGCUGUUGGCAUAGCGUUUGGAGCUGUCGAUUCAUCACCAUCUUCUACAUUUAAUAGUGCCAGAAAUUUGGCCAUGGGAAUUGGCAUACAAAAUUUUCCGGAAGGAUUGGCUGUCAGCUUACCCUUGCAAGCAGCCGGGUGUUCGAAAUGGAAAAGCUUUUGGUACGGACAACUUAGCGGCAUGGUGGAGCCGAUCGCCGGACUCGUGGGCAUAUUCGCCGUUUCGUUUAUCAAGCCGCUGUUGCCUUACGCCCUGGCGUUCGCCGCGGGUGCGAUGAUUUACGUGGUCGUCAACGACAUCAUACCGGAAUCGAAUUCCAGUGGCAACGGGAAGCUGGCCAGUUGGUGUUGUAUCGUGGGAUUCGUCGUGAUGAUGUCAUUGGACGUGGGACUCGGUUGA